AUGCUGUCUCUUUUCUACUCCCUAGUGGUUGUGGUCCUGGCCACCUCCAUCUCGGCAGAAACCACAACGAUCAAAGCCUUCAAUGCCGGCUCAACCACAUUGACUCUGCAUAGCGCUCAAGCAAGUAUAGUCAAUGCCAAUUCAGAUGCCACCACCUACGCCAUGGUCUGCCAGUCCGAUGCCCCAUAUACAGUAUGUGCACUGCGCUCGCCUGUCACUAUUACCCAGGGUCCUUCCACCUACACCAUGAGCGCUGUAUACUCAACGAAGACGGCAGGCGUCAAAGCCAAAUUCACCCUAGUCCAGGACUGCGAUAUCACCUCCUCCACACAGGGCGCCUCCUGCUCUGUCUCUCUCGGUAUGGAGCUCACCCAGCGCGGUAUAUCCACGUCCUCCGCCACAUCCGCUAUUACUUCCUUCUCCUCGGAUGAUAUCUAUUAUCAGCCUUUGACGGUCACUGCGGGUGUCAGUAAGCUUAAUGCUCCGCAGGCGACAAAGACGCCAGAUGUCGCGCCGCGUCAUGCCGUGAUAGGUGGUGCUGCUGCUGCCGCCGUUGCUGGCGCUGCUUUCAGGUUCUUGUAG